AUGGCUAACGACAGAAUUGAGCUCUCACGAGUCAGGGAGAGUCCUGCGCAAGGCCGGGAUGAAGAUACAGCUGGUCAACAAACUUCAUAUGCGCUAGAGGAGCCUGAGGUAGAGCGUGGAAAGAUUCAGAUAUUUGCUAUCAUGUUGGCUCUAUGUCUCUCCCUCUUCAUUGCGGCCUUAGAUCAGACUAUCGUUUCUACCUCACUUCCGACAAUCUCUGCGCGCCUACAUUCUGCUAGUGGUUAUACAUGGGUUGGGGGCGCGUAUCUACUUGCAAGUGCUGCAGCGGCCCCAAUCUGGGCCAAGCUAUCGGAUAUAUGGGGGCGCAAGCCCAUCCUACUUAUUGCGGUUCUCUGGUUCUUCCUCAGCUCUAUCGUCUGCGCUGCCGCUGUAAACAUGAAGAUGUUAAUUGCCGGCCGAGCGCUGCAAGGUGUGGCCGGAGGUGGUCUCUUGCAGCUAGUCAUGAUUGUCGUCUCAGACCUCUUCAGCGUCCGCCACCGAAGUCUGUAUAUGGGCAUCCUCGAAUUCAUGUGGACAAUUUCCGGUGGUCUUGGGCCGAUCCUCGGUGGUGUGUUUUCGGAAUAUGUUUCCUGGAGAUGGAACUUUUGGAUCAAUCUUCCCAUCUGUGGAUUAGCAUUCGUACUGCUUUUCUUCUAUCUGGAUGUCCAUAACCCUAAGACAAAGGUGACAGAUGGUUUGAAAGCAAUUGAUUGGCUCGGAAGUCUGUCUGUCAUUGGCUUUACCUUGAUGGUCCUCCUCGGACUCAACUUCGGAGGCGAAACAUUUGCCUGGAAUUCUCCGCAGGUGAUUUGCCUUAUUGUAUUCGGUUCUCUGUUCUCGAUCGUAUUCUUUUAUGGCGAGAAGCGUAUUGCCAAAUAUCCUCUUAUGCCUCUGGGGAUCUUGAACAACCGAUCAAGUAUAGCUGUAUCACUGGUUACUCUCUUCCAUGGCGCGGUGUUCAUCGCGUGCGAGUAUUGGCUGCCCUUAUACUUCCAAUCAGCGAAGCAAGCAAGUCCGAUGCGAUCGGGACUAUUAGUUCUCCCCUUAGUUCUCGCCGAAGGGCUGUUCAGUGGCAUCUCUGGCUGGUUAAUCCAUCGAACCGGCAAAUACGUGGAACAGAUCUGGAUAGGAACUAUCCUUUUAACCCUCGGAACUGGCCUGUUUAUUCGCCUCAAUCCAACUUCUCCUCUUGUAGAGCUGGUUAUCUUCCAGGUGAUUGGCGGAGCAGGAUCGGCCAUUUUAUUCGCGCCUCCCCUGAUCGCCUUGCAAGCUGUGGUCUCGCAAGAUGACACAGCCAGUGCCACGGCGAUGCUGGGCUUUAUCCGAACUCUCGCCAUGUCGAUCUCCAUUGUUGUGGGGGGUGUUGUGUUUCAAAACAGCAUGGCAGAGGAACGGAGGAUGUUGCAGGGAGCUGGCUUGAUGGAUGAAAUAGUCGAACAACUGACCGGCGCUUCGGCUGCUGCUAGCACAGAGAUCAUCAAGACUAUCCAUGAUCCCUCCAAGGUUCGGACCGUUGCCGACGCCUUUUCCUCCAGUUUACAGAACUUGUGGAUCAUGUACACUUGCAUGGCCGGUAUUGCGGUGGUUGCCAGCGUGUUCAUUGUCAAUAAGCCGCUGAGUGAGGAGCAUACCGAGACGAAGACGGGUCUCAAGGAAGAGUAG